UUAUCACCUCAAUAAACCCUAAACCGACUAUUCAAAUGAGAAGAUAAACGAACUGUGACAGCUACUGAAUUGGUUGGUUGAAUGAGUUAACUCGUGCAACAUGGCCGAAUCUGCUGCUGAACUCGCUGAGAACACGACUCUCGUGGUCGACCAACCGGCAUCUCAACCUUCGAACCCUAAUGUAACUCAUCGAACUCCGGAGGAGCUUGUGGCCAAAGCCAUAGCUCCAGUGAAGAGAGAGUUCCUUAGUCCUCCGCCUUCCAGAACCAAUCAAAACGACACUGACGUUUCCGAUGCCAAUGCAAAGGCCUCUCAGUCAAGUGUAGUAGCCAAGGAGAAGAAGUCCAAACGUCAACUAAAACGCGAACGCCGACAGAAAUCUGCACUGCAUCUGUGCCCUGAGGUAGCUAAGACUGAGGACGUUAGUUCAUGUGCUUAUGGUGAUAAGUGCAGAUUCAGCCAUGACAUAGAAGCCUUAAAGGCUGAGAAACCGGCUGAUUUAGAGGGGAAAUGUCCGUUUUCUACUGGAGAUGGGCCUUGUCCUUAUGGCUUGGCAUGUAGAUUCUAUGGGACGCAUGAAGAUGGAGUUAAGGGGAAUAGUACGAAUGUGCUAGGGAAAAACUCUGAAAUUAAUGGAUUGAACAAGGAUGUUCAAAAGCUUUUGUGGAAGAACAAGAUGAAGUUCCCCAAGGCAGAUGCUAAACUCAAGUCUCUUGGUCUUAUGGGACCUGGCAAUUCAAAAUUCAAAAGGCAGGAUGAUGGGGAAGUUGAUCAGAAAUCUGCAAAUGACUCACACGUUACUAAUGAGAAUGGUUGUGGUGAUGUGGCUAGUAACCUGGCUGAUAAAUUGGAGUGCUCUUUGGAAGUGCCUACAGAGGAGAAUGCAAAUGGAAUAAUAACAACUGAUGACAUUAGGCCCUUGAAAAGAGUGAAGUCUAUUACUGAAGAAAAGCAGUGCUCUGGUGAAGAAGCUAAUGGAUUUAGUAUUCUGGAGAAAGAUCUUGAGAAUAGUUGUCCAGGAGCAAAAUUAGAAAUUACAAGUGAUGGUGCACUUACAGAAACAGAUGGAAGUUUGAAAACACAUCCACGUGAAAAGAAGCUGAUCGACUUCAGAGGAAAACUGUAUCUUGCACCUCUGACCACUGUUGGAAAUCUUCCUUUUCGAAGGGUUUGCAAAGUAUUAGGAGCUGAUAUAACUUGCGGUGAAAUGGCAAUGUGCACAAAUCUUUUACAGGGUCAAGCUUCUGAAUGGGCUCUUCUCAGACGCCAUUCCUCUGAGGAUUUGUUUGGUGUACAAGUAUGUGGGGCAUAUCCAGAUACUGUUGCACGAACUGUGGAGCUUAUAGAUCAGGAAUGUAUGGUGGACUUCAUUGAUAUAAAUAUGGGUUGCCCAAUUGAUAUUGUUGUUAACAGGGGUGCUGGGUCAUCUCUUCUUACAAAACCAAUGCGAAUGAAGAGUGUUAUAAAUGCUGCUUCUGGUACAGUUGAUAAGCCUAUAACUGUGAAGGUGCGAACUGGUUACUUUGAAGGAAAAAAUCGUAUUGACUCAUUAAUUGAGGAUAUUGGUAAUUGGGGGGCCAAUGCUGUAACCAUACAUGGUAGAUCACGCCAGCAACGCUACAGCAAGCUUGCUGAUUGGGACUACAUAUACCAGUGUGCUAGAAAGGCCCCAGAAUCUCUUCAAGUAUUAGGAAAUGGGGAUAUCUUUUCAUAUACAGACUGGAACAAGCGCAAAUCUGACUGCCCUGAACUCUCUUCAUGCAUGAUAGCUAGAGGAGCACUAAUUAAACCUUGGAUAUUUACUGAAAUCAAGGGACAGAGACAUUGGGACAUCAGUUCGGGAGAAAGGUUGGAUAUUUUGAAGGAUUAUGUUCGUUUUGGCCUUGAACAUUGGGGUUCAGAUACCAAAGGGGUGGAGACAACUAGGCAUUUCUUGUUGGAAUGGCUUAGCUACACGUGUAGAUAUAUACCUGUUGGUCUUUUGGAUAUCCUUCCACAACAGAUUAACUGGCGCCCACCAUCCUACUAUGGUCGUGAUGACCUUGAAACGCUUAUGGCUUCUGAUUCUGCUGCUGACUGGAUUCGAAUCUCUGAAAUAUUGCUUGGCAAAGUUCCAGAUGGAUUUACAUUUGCUCCAAAGCACAAGUCCAACGCUUAUGACCGAGCUGAAAAUGGCUAAUUAUCACUUCCUGAUUUUCAUGGAGGAAUCUGCCUCUUAUGUGCACUCAGUCACUGAGGCUACUAUCCUGGAACCAGGUAAUUUCUAAUUAUGUUUUAUGAUGAAAGGACUUGAUCAUUUUGGUGGUUCUCUUAUUAUUUAUGAGGUACCAAAUUGGUUACUCACCUAUAAAUUUUGUAGCGCUCAUUAUUAUGCUAAAACUUUGUAUUCCAUAAAUUAAAAGCAUACAAUUGAAAGUCGAAAUUUGAUAAGAAUUAGUUAA